AUGAAAAUGCCCAUUUUAGUCAAAUACAUUGCUAAUCUAAUGAUCUAUUUAAUGAAAUAAAGUGUUUCUGAUUCUGAUGAACUAAUACUGAAUUAUAUAAGAGAUCCCACUUCCAUAGUAAUCGAUAAGUAACAAUGGACACUGAUUUGUGAUAUUGUCAGUAAGAAACUAGUUUACUUGGGGACUAAAGAUAAUUAAUGUACAAAUGAUUCCUAGAUUGCAAUAAUUAGUUAAUCACUUCUAUUUAGCAACAUCAUCAGUGAAGUCAUAUUUAAAAAAUUACAUAUAACCUAAGAUAGUACUCAACAGAUAGUCUUAAAAACUCUGAAUGAUUUAUUGUCAGAUGAUAAUAGGUCUGCUGAAUUUCUAUAUUAAUUUCUUUGUUAACCGGAAUAAUCAAUACUGACAUUAGAGUAGUGCUAAUAAUCAUUUUCAAAGAUGUUUUAUAAAAUGGGUCAAUAUUUUCAUCAAUCUAAUCUAAUAGAAUAAAUAAUUGAGAAUUAAAAGUAAUUUAAUACGAACGGUAAUUUUGAAUGUCAUGCAGAAAAAUAUUUAAAAAUUAUUCGGAUCUAUUAAAAUAAUGAUUAGAAAUAAAUAAGUGAAUAGUUAAUUAAAGGAUUGUUUGGCGAAUUGACAUAAAUUGAUUGCAAAGAAUUCAACUUUAAUUCAACUAGAUUGGAUGAUAAAUUAAAAUCCUUUUUAUUUAUGUUUGUUGAAUUAGUGAGAAUUGAGAAUUAAAUCAUUUAAAUUGUAAUAGAAAAUAAAAUUUCUGAAGAACCACAAAGAAAUCCCUUGGAAUAUUAUGCUAAGUUAAUAGAAAAGAUUAAAAACAAAUGUAAGAGUAAGGAGGAUGAAUUUUGCAAUUGUAAAAGAUGCCAAUGUGUUAAGAGAAAUAGAGAUAGUGCAAGAGAAGCACAAAAGAGAAAAAGAGAGGCCUUAGAGAAAAUAGGUCCCUUAUAAAAGGAAUAUGAGAAGAUUGAGAAGAAAGUGUCAAAUUUGGAAUUUUCAAAUUCUAAAUUAAAAUCUGUAUUAUUUCAAGCAUUGAAAAAUCCUGUUAUUGAAAAUAUAAUAAAAUAAGACUAUUCAGAUACCUUAUUAAAUUUGAAUCUGACAAACUACUAAUCUCAAGAGAAUCAAUAAUAAUAAAGUUAAUCAUCCAAUCUGAUUGAGUAAGAAUAAUCCUUAUGAAAACUAUUUUAAAUCAAUAGAAUUCAAUGAUAUUUAUUUAAAAGUAAUCUUAAUCAAUAAAAAUAAUAUCACUA